AUUUAAUCUAGACAAUACUCUACCAAUGUCUAAGAUAUUUACAUUUUCUAAUGUAAACUCAAUAAGGGAUAUUGAUUCCAUUCGUUCGAAAAAGAAUUUUUAGGUUUUUGAGAAGUACAUCUAAAACAAGUUAAAGAAAUCCUCUAUAUUGGAAUUAUCAAAAUCUAACAAUUUCAAUUAGAGAUUAGACACAAGUAAGUUACAGAAGGAGAAUCUUAAAAGAAACAGUCAACCUAGCUUAAAAAAAUUCGAUUUGCGAUCUCAUCGGUUAACUUAAUCAGAAAAAUCUCUGACAUCUAUUUUAGUUAAUAAAAAAAGUGAUGCACAUAGUAUUAAGGAAUCUAGUAGACCUUCAUCAAUUCAUAAAAAAGUUAGCUUCUAGAACCUUGUUCUUGUGAUAGAUACAGAUGUAGGAACAAAAAAAAAAGAAAAAUUAAUUGAAAAAGAAUCAAAAUUAAGAAAUGGAUAUUUUUUCAAUUCCAAUCAGAUUAGAUUAUAAUGA